AUGGACGUUCUUAAUUGGUGUUUCUUUCUGUUCAUCCAAAUUUCCAUGACGCAUACGCUAAAUGACGCUGGCGAUUCUAUCAAGGAAAAAGAAUGGAGAUCGCAAAUCUCCAAUCACCAAGCGUGGAAGAAACUAGACAAAUUCGAAUGCGGUUUUAAUGCAGCCGAUCGCAUUAUCGGAGGCAUGAACGCAACACUUGGCCAGUUCCCCUGGAUCGUCCGCAUCGGAUAUAAAUGUACCUUAAAACUAGUAGUCAUUAAAUAUUCUCUAGUUGUUGGAGAAGAGGAGCUAGAUUGGAUGUGUGGAGGUGCAUUAGUAACAGACCGUCAUGUUAUCACGGCUGCACAUUGUCUACAAACAGAUGGAGAAACUUUUGAAGUGGCAGCUAUACGAAUAGGUGAAUACAACACUGAAACGGAUCCAGACUGUCAGAUGGACGUCUGUGCCCCCCCGUACCAGGAUAGAAAAGUCAGGAUCAAACGGAUUCACCCCAGCUUCAACAAGCCUCCGUUUCACAACGACAUUGCCGUAAUUCUUCUUGAUAGUCCAGUGCAAUUACAUGACUAUGUCUCACCAAUAUGCCUCCCACGGAAUGAACAACUAUCGGAUCUCAAAAUCGGAGAGUUAAUGACAGUCGCUGGCUGGGGCAAAAUCAAUAUGACCACUGAAGAAUUAGCGAAGAUAUUGCAGUUUGUUUCGGUUCCUAUAGUGAAGCCAGAAACCUGUGGAGCUUUCGGCAAGGGCUUCAAGCUAUCAAGAUCAGAAAUAUGCGCAGGAGCACAAUUGAAUAAAGACGCGUGCGGUGGUGACUCUGGUGGUCCGCUUAUGAAGGUAUUUGACACCAUCGAUGGCCCUAAAAAUUACCUGAUGGGAGUGGUGUCAUUUGGUCCCACCAUUUGUGGUAUAAGGAAACCUGGAGUCUACGCUUCGGUACCACAAUUUAUGAAGUGGAUUUUGGAUAAUAUAAAACGGUUAUACUGA